GAAACGAAAACGAAAGUAAGCACGCUGCUUUCGCUUCCAGAUUCCAGGCUACGUUUGCAAGAAAGUGCAGUAGUUGUUGACGAAAUAUAGACUUGUGUACAAAAUAUUGAAAUACAGCCUGCAGAUUCUAGACCUUGAUCACUCAGGGUUGCACUUCUACAACACUGAAAUACAGCCGCCAUCAACAUUUGAGAUAUGAGUUUGGAAGGCACACCUUCAGGUGAAAUUAUACCAAAGGAGCACAAGAAAAAGAAGCAUAAGGGCAGAAAAGGCAUCGUGGACACAGAAGGAGAUCCUUGCAAAACAUCCCAUCAUCGUAAAAAGAAGAAAACAAAACAUCAAGAAGACACUACGGAUAUGGUUGUAGACAAAACUGUUGUACCAGAAACCCUUGAUUUGCCUUGUGAGGAUGAUUCUGAGAAACGAAAGCGCAAAAAAAAGAAGAAGAGAAAAGUAGAGGAUGAGGACGCUGCAUGUUUUGUGAAAACGAAAAAAGAAGAUUUAGCAGAAGAAAAUGGGGAACAUUGUAUUCUCUCAAAGAAGAAAAAAAAAAAGUCAAAAGAGAUUAGACAGGAUGAAGAUAAUGAACAGGUGACACUGAGUAGUGAAAAUAUGUUGGCCACUGAAUGUAAAGUAGAAACAUCUGUCUCACAGUCGGAUGGUAUGCAGGAGAAAAUGAAGAAGAAAGAGAAAAAAAAGAGAAAGAGAGAAAAAGAAGACGUUUCUGGUUGUGAUAAUGUGAAUAGUAUACAAGAGAAAACAAAGAAAGAGAAAAAGAAGAGAAAGGGAGAAAAAGAAGAUAUUUCUGAUUGUGAUGAAUCGGAUGGUAUGCAGGAGAAAAUGAAAAAGAAAGAGAAAAAGAACAGAAAGAGAGAAAAUGAAGAUGUUCCUGACUGUAAUGAUGUGAAAAAGAAAAAGAAAGAAAUGGAUGUGACGGAAUGCAAAGAUCCUCUGAACGUAAACAAAGUAGAUGCUGAUGAUAUAGAUAUCUCAGAAAAAAAGAAACACAAAAAGAGUAAAAAGAAACGGGUCCAUGAAUGUGAUGAUGUGGCCGAGAAAAAUGAAGAUAUUGAGAAAAAAGAACUUGUUGCUAACAGUCCUGUAAGUCUUGAAAAGAAUAUCAGCCUUGUUGAGAAGGAAAGGGAAAAUUCUAAAGACACUUCGGAAAGUGAUACAUCAGCAGCUGUUCGAAGCCAGUGGCAAGGUGACCUUUUUGAAAAUAAGGACAGACAGAAUAAAUUUCUGAGACUCUUAGGUGGCAUGAAGAAAAGCCCAGAAAAUUCAAAUGGAAAAGGUCUGUUUCCGUCUCAGAAGGGUCCUAAAGAGAAGAAGGGACUGUUUGGAUCCUUAGCCAGUGUCAGCCAGCAGAGAAGCAAUGUAGCUCUGUCUUCUUCUGCGGCUGCUACUUUGAACAAAUCACUAGAGGAAGACUACAAUCGUGCCUUAAAUCUUAGAUUAGGACCUGGGAGAGGGUCAGGAUUAGGGUUUGCACCUGAUCCUGCAGAAGGCAAGAAGUUUCAUAUUGAUACUAAAACUGUGAAAUCCAAAGUGUUUGAUGACUGAGAAUACAACAUUGGUACUCUUGUAUCUGAACGACUGCCGUAUAAGUACAUGGUAUGAGUAGUAUUAUUAGCAGUUUCCAUUCAUAGUUCCUCAGUUCUUUGAAGGUAGUGUACCAGACUCAUACUGGGUGCCGGUUUAGUUGAUGGUCUACCACAAUACGGUUGUUGAUUCUAAAUCCCACUCAAUCGACCACAGUCUACUGCAAUCUAGGCAGUCUAGUGUAGCACAAGUCCAUCCUAAUUAAUAUAAACUAGUCACGGUUAUGACAGCGCUGGGGGCAUUCUGAUGAAAGGUGGUGUCAUUUAUGGUUGUGAUGUGUUGAUGGGUGGACUGCUUUAUUUUGCAGUGUCGUUUAGAUCAAAGAAUUUUGCAGUGAUAAUGAUUAUGAUUGACAAGUAAGCCUUGACAAGUGACCAGAUGUGGUUAUUUAAA